AUCAGAGAGGGAUCAGGCAGAGAAGCAGGAGCAACGUAUACAACAAGUCAUUCGGUUCAAUCCCCCACCCACAACAUCACAGCACGGUUGCCGCUUGCUCCGGUGUCACACUCCCCUUGUCUCGCCUCGCCUAGUCGCCUCGCCUCUUCCGUUUCACCACCACCGUCUCGGAUCAAACCGGCCAACAUCUCGCCUCGCCGAGAAAUUCCCAAACGAGGAAGAGGGGAAAAGGAGUUCAUCCCCAUGGCGGCCAACCCCUCCUCCCCGUCGGCGGGCGGCGGCGGCGACGUGUCGGCGUCCUCGCCGACGCUGCCGCCGGUGCGGCUCGCGGCGGCGCAGGCGGCGUCGGCGGCGGCGAUCCACCCCACCUCGCCGCGGUACUUCUUCUCCUCGCUCGCGGGCACCAACGCCUCCCCGCACCGGCGCAUCGCCAUCGCCGUCGACCUCUCCGACGAGUCCGCGUACGCCGUCCGGUGGGCCGUGCAGAACUACCUCCGCCCCGGGGACGCCGUCGUGCUCCUCCACGUGCGGCCCACCUCCGUGCUCUACGGCGCCGACUGGGGCUCCAUCCCCGUCUCCGUCUCCGACGACGCCGACGGGGAGGUCGCACCCGCGGCAUCCGCGGAGGAGCUGCAGAAGAAGCGGGAGGAGGACUUCGACGCCUUCACGUCCACCAAGGCGGAGGACCUGGCGCAGCCGCUGGUCGACGCGCAGAUCCCCUUUAAGAUCCACGUCGUCAAGGACCACGACAUGAAGGAGCGCCUCUGCCUCGAGGCCGAGCGACUUGGCUUGUCCGCUAUGAUCAUGGGAAGCCGCGGCUUCGGUGCCUCGCGGAAGGGCGGGAAGGGGAGGCUUGGGAGUGUUAGUGAUUAUUGCGUGCAUCACUGUGUCUGCCCGGUUGUGGUUGUUCGUUACCCCGAUGAUGCUGCAGGUGCCGACGGGGAGGCAGCAGGGCCAACAGAUGAGCUGCACACUGUGCCUGAGGAUGAACCUGUGUAUCAUGAUGCACCUGAUGUGCAGAAAGAAAACUGAGGUAAUGCAUCUGGAGCGCAAGGAAAACGUGAGAGGCUUGCCCGAGGCGAUCUGUGUAUUUGAACAAUGCAACUACUGUUUAGCUGUUGGCCUGUUGCUUCUGUAUCUACUGGAUAUCAUAAACUGGCUUGACCAGCAAGCUGCUUUUCAUUUUGCGUGAAGUAUUGGACUCUUUAGAUCAGGGGAGUUUGUUGGUUUACUUUGUAAACUGAUACAGUCCAGUAUCCCCGUGGGUGGUGGAGAAAGGAGCUGUGUAUGGGAUGUUUUCGUUGGUCACGAAUCCAUGUUGUUUCAUACCAAAUCCAGGCUUCAUAAUGUGGCGCGUCUUGUGUUCUUGCCGAAGUUUUCUGUUUUAUACGGUAUUUCAGCUGCUCUAUUCAGCCUGUUUUUUUGUAGUAUUGGAUACGUGAUAACGGAAAACCCUGUUGAUUGGAUAUCUGGAACCUGAAA